AUGUCGACCUCACCGGACGACGUUCUGUUCAACUCGAUCUACGGCCUCCGCAGCAUUGAGCUCAACCGACCCAAGAAGCUCAAUUCCCUGAACGGUUCGAUGGUUGGCAAGAUUCUCCCUCGGUUGAAGGAGUGGGAGAAGUCUCAUCUAGCCAGCAUGAUCAUCAUCUCCGGAGCCGGCGACAAGGCUCUCUGCGCAGGAGGCGACGUUGCCGCCCUGGCAUUGAAGAACGAGGAAGGACCCGAAGGACAAGCAGCAUCGACGAGCUUCUUCGAUUCCGAAUACACCCUCGACCACCUGCUCGCUACAUACUCGAAGCCCGUUAUCUCAUUUAUGGAUGGUAUCACCAUGGGUGGAGGUGUUGGCCUCAGCGUGCACGCCCCGUUCCGCAUUGCGACAGAGCGUACCCUGUUUGCCAUGCCCGAGACCACCAUCGGCUUCUUCCCCGACGUCGGCGGCUCCUUCUUCUUGCCUCGUCUUGACGGUGAAAUCGGCACAUACCUCGCUCUGACUUCAGAGCGUCUGAAGGGUGUUCAGGCUCUGUACGCAGGCAUUGCCACACACUACCUGCACUCGAGCGUUCUGGCCAAUGUCACACAGCGUCUCUCGGAGCUAACAUUCCCCGACCACGUCGAGCUCCCCGAGCGAAAUGAGAUUGUCAACAAGACCAUCGCCGAGUUCUCCGUCGGCCUCCCCACGCUUGAGGAGGAGCCGAUGUUCCUGGCCGGCAGCCUGCGCGCUGCCAUUGACCGCUGCUUCGGUUUCAACACCAUCGAGGAGAUCAUCGAGGCCCUGGAGAAGGAGACUGAGCAGAAGAAGUGGGCACGGAAGACGCUAGAGUACCUGGCGAGCCGCUCUCCGACCUCCUUGAAGGUCACCCUGCGCCAGAUGCGUCUCGGCAAGAACUGGAGCAUCUCGGAGACCUUCCAACGCGAGCGCCAGAUCGCUUACAAUUUCAUGCGCCACCCUGAUUUCGUCGAGGGUGUCAAGUCCCGUCUGAUGUCCAAGCCUCCCCGCCAGGCUGAGUGGCAGCCCGCUACUCUCCAGGAGGUCUCGGAUGAGAUCGUCGAGAGUUUCUUCACAAUCCCCGAAGGCGAGCCCGCCCUCGAACUUCUCAGCGAGAAAGAUUACCGCGAAUACCCUCACGCUCACUUUGCUCUUCCCUCCGAGAAGGAGAUUGAGCAGGUUGUACGCCAGGGUCACCCUUCGCGGAGACCUGUGGUCGACCACUUCCUCCAGAAAUACGCUCACCGCGAGGGUGUGCGCCGGAAGGUCGUUGAGGUCAUUGCCCGACGGACGACGACUUCGUCCGAGGGGGACUCCAGUGGAUUGAAUAGGGAUAUCGUCUAUAGCUUGUAA